CGGGGAACACUGGUCGCUUGAUCAGUGUACCAUCGACCAUCGCAAGUAUCGGGUGCCGCGUUCAAAUUUACACCCGGGGCCUCUUCACGAUUUUUCUCCGUGACACAAAUUAUGACCAGUGAUCCGAAACAAAUCUCUACCUGAACUACCCACAUGUUAUUCAGUGAACUAAACAAAUUUCCUUACCCAGAAUACAACAUAAGAACUAACGAUUUGAACUGUUUAUAAUUCAUAAUAUAACCGCAUCUUUUAUUUCUAAUUUUAUCUUUUAGUGAAUAAAUUUAUUUGUUGUUGAAUAAAUUAAUAAUUGUGUACGUUCAAUUUGUUCGUGAUGGAGAAAAUAGUUGGACGCGAUGGAACAGAAGUCAUCACAUACGAGUUUCCAUAUAUGAGGAGAGCGGAUAAGCGGACUAACUGGGAAAAGUUCCGGCAGGGAUGCUACAAUCCGGACGAGGGCAGUUUUUUGGGCAGGCAACCAUCAGCAUGGGCUCGCGUAGCGCUAUUUUACUUGGUAUUCUACACAGUUUUGGCAUCCCUAUUCACAAUAUGCAUGUACACAAUGCUAUCUACGAUAGACAAGGAAUACCCAAAAUGGCAGCUUGAGGAUUCAAUAAUAGGAACUAAUCCUGGACUGGGAUUUAGGCCAAUAGCAGAUAACACAGAAGAGGGAUCUCUAAUAUGGUUCGACGCCAAAAAUGAAACUGAAGUUGCGAAAUGGACAACAAUAAUUGACGAAUUUUUAGCUCCUUACAAAAAUCGGUCUCAAUUGCCAAGCCACGGUGAAAAUCAAAUGUUCUGCGACUACGAAACGGGGCCCAACACUGCAAAUCGUGUUUGUGCCGUAGCCGUCGAGAAGUGGGGCUCAUGCACAUCACAGGCUAACUACGGCUUUGGACAAUCCGCACCUUGUGUCUUUCUUAAGCUUAACAGGAUAUAUAAUUGGGUACCAGAUUAUUAUGAUGAUGUGGCGACGCUGCCUGAAGAUAUGCCUAUGGAAUUGAAGGAUCACAUACAAAGUCUCAAGCCGGAUGAGAGGAAACAAAUUUGGGUUUCGUGUCAAGGAGAAAAUCCAGUUGAUCGAGAAAAUUUGGGCCCAGUUGAAAUGUAUCCAAGCAUGGGAUUUGCUGGAUAUUAUUAUCCAUUCAGAAACCAACGAGAUUAUCUUAGUCCAUUAGUUGCUGUUCAAUUCAAAAGACCUACAGUGGGACGUUUGAUCAACGUGGAAUGUCGUGCCUGGGCCAGGAACAUCAUCUAUCGUGGUGGCAACAAGGAUCGACAAGGAUCCGUCCAUUUCGAACUGAUGAUUGAUUAGAAUCGACAUUAUUAGUGUUAAUUUUACUUUAUUGAUAUCCUAAGCAUUAUCGUUCUGUGUUAUCGCGCCUUGUACAUCGUUGCAAAAUAGCUCGUACGUCGAUGUUGUGAAUAGAAUUUAAGUUUUAAUUUUAAGUAUGAUAAUUAAUGAAGUGUUUAAUAAAUCAAAAUGAACUUUGAGUAUAAUAGACUUUAUAUUUAUAUCUAAAUAAAGUUUACGCGGUUUUGUUAUCAUUAAA